AUGUUCAAAUUCCAUGUACUAUCCAAAGUAAAUACAUUACAACGAUUGUUAUAUUUAGUUGGAUUAUAUCUUGUAGUAAUUGUUCAGUCGGUGAGAUCUCAGUCUGAUCUAGAUCGAUGUGCAAUAGUUUGUGCUCCAGAAAAAUGUCAAUGUGUCGGCCCACAAGGGAUACAGGGGCAACCUGGUCCAGUAGGUGUACGAGGUUCGGAGGGGCCUCCAGGUGAUGUAGGUCUUAUUGGACUUCGUGGAUCACCAGGUGAGAAAGGUGAACAAGGAAUUCCCGGUGUAUUGGGUCCAAGAGGUGAAAAGGGUUUACCUGGUCAACCGGGUUAUCCCGGUAACGAUGGUGAUCCAGGUCAUCCUGGUAUGCGAGGAGAGAAAGGGGAUAAAGGAGAUAGUGGAUGUGAUGGUGAAUCGGGAGAUAAUGGUGAGCAAGGUGAACCUGGAGCCCCAGGUAUAAUAGGAACACCUGGUGAACCAGGAACUAAAGGUCCUAAGGGAUACACUGGAGGCUCAAGACAAGGAUUAAUGGGUGAGAAGGGAGAUCCAGGUGACAUUGGCGAACCUGGAGAAGAUGGUUUGCCAGGACGUGAUGGGGAAGAUGGACUUCCUGGUCCACGUGGACCUCAAGGAGAAUCAGGAGCAGUAGGUUUGAUGGGAGACAUUGGUCCUAAAGGUGAAAGUGGAGUAUACAAUUAUACGAAUAUAAUUCCUGGAGAUCGUGGUGAACCAGGUCCUCGAGGACAAGAUGGUCAACCAUGUGAAGAUAUGGACCGUGAAUAUACUGAAGAAGAACUUAUCAGUUUUACAAGAGGUCAAGCUGGAGACAUAGGUUCACCAGGACCUAAAGGUGACAGUGGAGAGUCAGGUGAUAAGGGUGAUAUGGGUUUACAAGGUGAAGAAGGACCAAUUGGUGAAAAAGGUGAACCUGGUGAACCCGGACUAGAUGGUGAUCCUGGAGAAGAUGGUGAUGUGGGACCGAUUGGACAACCAGGUAAUUUAGGUUCUGAUGGUCCACCUGGACCAGAAGGUACAAUUGGUGAUAAAGGUGAUCGAGGUCCACAUGGUCGUGAUGGUUUACAAGGUGAUCCAGGCCAAGCUGGAAUCCCUGGGAAAGCUACUUGUCCAAUCGAGUUUUUCCCAAAAGGUGAGAAAGGUCUCCCAGGUCAUCCUGGUGAUAAGGGAACUCAAGGAGAACCUGGCUUACCAGGUGAUCAGGGAGAAAAAGGUGUCCCAGGCGAUGAAGGUCCAAAAGGAGUAAGAGGAAGUCAAGGUAAAAUUUGUGAGCCUGGUCCACAAGGUCCUGUAGGUGUUAAGGGUUGGUAUGGAAAAAAUGGGGCACAAGGACAACCUGGAAUUGAUGGAGAUCCAGGACAACCAGGCCAAAGAGGAUUACCUGGAGAUGAUGGUUUUGGUCAUUUAGGUGAAAUUGGUGAGGUUGGUGUGGAAGGUUUACGUGGUAUUAAAGGUGAAUCUGGUGAAGAAGGUGAUCCUGGCGAAAAAGGAUUUGGUGGAGAUAGUAAUAUCGGUCCAGUUGGUCCUCGUGGUGAACCUGGUGAUGAUGGAAGUGAUGGAGAACCUGGAAAACACGGCGAACCUGGACCUCCAGGUCCCAAAGGUGAACCGUUAACUGCUUGUCCUUUGUGUAAAGACGGUGAUGCUGGUGCACGUGGAGAAAUAGGGGAUCCAGGUGAAAAUGGUGAAAAAGGAAGUGAUGGUAUGCCAGGUGAUAGAGGUGAUAUGGGUCGACUAGGUGAAGAUGGUUUAAUCGGUCUACCGGGAACCAAAGGUGAAAAAGGUCGUAUUGGUGAAGAUGGUUUUAAUGGUGAUCCCGGUGAACCUGGGGAAUCUGCUAUUGUAUCUCGGGUUGUAGAAGAUGUUAUUCCAGGCGAUGAAGGUGAUGAAGGUCAUGAAGGUAGUAUUGGUGAUAUUGGCGAUAGAGGCGAUGAAGGAGAACCUGGCCCUGUUGGUGAUGAGGGUCCUAAAGGACAACAAGGUACAGAUGGUGAACAAGGACCAAUUGGUGAAGUUGGAGAUGACGGUGACGAUGGUGAAACAGGUGAAGAUGGUGUCGAUGUCAAAGGUAUGGUUGGUGAAUUGGGUGAAAGGGGUGAUGAGGGUUCAGUCGGUGAGAAAGGUGAAAAAGGCAUAGCUGGAGUGAUGACCAACUGUACAAUUGAUUGGAGACAAUUAGUAGCAAAAAAUGAAUCUGAAUUGAUUGGCGAUCGUGGGGAGAAAGGAGAUGAUGGUGAGGUUGGUGAGAAAGGCUCCCGAGGCAUUGAUGGACGAAAAGGCGAAAUAGGCCAAACGGCAGCACCGUCCGAACGAGGUGAAACUGGUUUUCCAGGUCCUGAUGGGGAAAAAGGAGAUCCGGGUCCACCAGGUAUUGAAGGUCCUCAAGGACUUCAGGGAGAUCCUGGUCAAGUGAUUGAUGGGAUCGAAGGAGAUAUCGGUGAACAAGGUCCUGAAGGCCCAAAAGGAUUUAAGGGGGAAGAAGGCGAUGUGGGUGAUAAUGGUGAUUCACCAGAACGUAUCAAGGGUGAACGUGGACCCGACGGUGAACCUGGAACUGAAGGAGACGAAGGAGAACCAGGUAUUCCUGGACAAAAAGGAGAACCUGGGGCUGAAGCCGGUCAGCAAGGAGAAACUGGUAGCCCUGGAGAAAAGGGAGAUUCUGGACCUAAAGGUCUACCUGGCCCUAAAGGAGAACCCAGUUCGGAUAUGCAGUCGGGCGAUCAAGGUCCUAAGGGUGAACCCGGUUUAAUGGGAUCAGAAGGAGAAAAGGGUGGUGCUGGUGACGUUGCUGAAUGCAAUGAAGCCGGUUUAAUCGGAGAUCCUGGACCUGAUGGAGCAAUGGGAACAAUUGGCAGUCCAGGUGAUGAUGGAGAACAAGGAGAAGAUGGUGAUGUUGGACCGGAAGGAGAACCGGGUCCUGAUGGAGAACAUGGUGAGAUUGGCGAUAUAGGAAUAGAAGGUAUUCGUGGUAUUACUGGAGAAAAAGGUGAACCAGGUAGUAUGGGUGAUAUGGGUGAAAAGGGCUCUCCUGGUCCAGAGGGUGAAACUGGAGAUAUUGGCCCACAAGGCCCACAGGGUGCGGAUGGUUCUCAUGGUCCAACUGGUGAUCCUGGACCGAGUGGGGAGUUUGUGGAAGGUGAACGAGGAGAUACUGGGCCAGAUGGAACUCAGGGAGAACAGGGUGAGAAGGGUGAACCUGGUCCACCUGGAGAAGUUGGUGAAACAGGUCCUACCGCUGAAACUCUACCCGGUAUCAAAGGGGAACCUGGACAACCCGGUGAAGAUGGUCAGUUAGGUGAACCUGGGUUAGAUGGUAACGAUGGAGAACCUGGGCUAAAAGGUGAUGAAGGUUUAAUGGGGGAGCCUGGAUCAAAGGGUUCACGUGGUGCACGCGGUAAAGUCGGGAAUGUUGGUGCAGAGGGUAGUAGAGGAGCCAAAGGAAACGUUGGUUCUGAGGGUGAGCUGGGUCCAGAUGGUGAAAAAGGGGAUAGGGGGGAAGCAGGUGAUAUUGGUCCUCCCGGUAAUACGACUGUUGGACUCAAAGGGAGGGAGGGACUGGAAGGACCUCAAGGAGUAGAAGGUCAAGCUGGUGACUCAGGGGAACAAGGAGAAUCAGGUAUACCCGGUGAAGAAGGUGAUCAAGGUGAUGAAGGACCAACUGGUGAGACUGGAGAAAUCGGAACACCUGGUUUAGAAGGUGAUAUAGGACCUGAAGGAAACGAAGGUCCAAUCGGAGAGCAAGGUUUGGAAGGAGAUGUUGGUAUGAUAGGAGUAUAUGGACCAGAGGGAGAAAAAGGCGAACCAGGUCUUAGAGGUGAUUCAGGUGAAGCCGCCAAAAACUGUUCCGUUGGGCCGAAAGGUCAACAAGGUCGACUAGGCCCACUGGGAUUACCUGGACCACAGGGACCACCUGGCGAUCAAGGACUACCUGGGCUACGUGGUAAAGAUGGUCCACCAGGGGUUGGAGUAAUUGGAGCACCAGGAGAACUUGGUGAUACUGGACACAUCGGUCUACCUGGAGAAGCAGGAGAACCAGGUGAUCAAGGUCCUGAAGGCCCUUCAGGUUUGGCCGCUCUUACUGGUGAGCCAGGAAUGAAAGGAGAACGAGGAAUACCAGGAGAUACUGGGGAUCCGGGAGUGGGAGGUGUGCAAGGUCUUCCUGGUUACGAUGGAGAAAAAGGCAUACAGGGAUCACAAGGUUCACCAGGAAUAGAUGGAAUUGAUGGUAUUAUGGGACCAAAAGGGUUUUCUGGAGAUCAAGGCCCGUCAGGGAAUCAUGGACAAACUGGUGAUCAAGGCGAAAUGGGCGAAGCUGGUAUCCAGGGUCCAAAGGGAGCUCAAGGAGUUGCAACAAGAGGGGAGCUUGGUGAAAUAGGUGACCCUGGGGAAAAUGGAGCUCUUGGAGAACAAGGAGACCCGGGUCCUGAUGGUGAAGUGGGAGAUGAUGGAGAUAUUGGUGAAAAAGGAGAAAAAGGUCAACCUGGACUAGUAGAAGGUGAGAGAGGUGAAGUAGGUGAUGUAGGGGAGCGUGGAGAUAUUGGAGAAGUUGGACCUCCUGGUCCUCUCGGUGAUGUUGGCCCCAAAGGUAAAAAUGGUGAGAAGGGACAACCAGGUCAAACAAAUUACUCCUCUAUACUAUUUGCUCGUCAUUACCAGACGCCGUUUGUCGAUGACCUUACAUGUCCAACUGGGACUAAUAAACUGUUCACUGGUUACAGCUACGUUAUGGGAGGAGGUGUGGAUGAUUUAGUCAGUAUGGAUUUAGGUACACCAAGUUCAUGUUUGUCAAAGUUCAGUUCAUUACCAAUGACUCAAUGUGAAAGAGAUACAACUUGUCAAUCAAGUAUGAGGCAUGAACGAUCCUACUGGUUGGCCACAUUGGUACCUCGAUCUGAACAACCGAUUCCAGUAGAUCAAACGGCUGAUCAAAUUGCUAGAUGUGUAGUCUGUGAAGCUCCUGCACAUGUGUUUGCUUUUCACAGUCAAGGUGAAACAUUACAACCAUGUCCGAAUACUUGGACUGAAUUGUGGACAGGUGUUAGUUUAAUACUUCAUACUUCUGGUGCUCAUGGUGGAGGCCAACAAUUAUCUUCACCUGGAAGCUGUAUGGAACAUUUUCGUUAUUCACCAGUUAUUGAAUGUAAUAAUAAUGUAGGAAUGUGCCAUUAUUGGUCAGAUGCAAAAGUUUAUUAUUUAAGGGCUCUUAAUCCAAACAUUACACAAUUUGAGAAACCAGUAGGUUUUGUUAUGAAAGCAGCUGAAGGGCCAGUUUUGAAUAAUCUGGAAUUUUCUGUGAAUGAAACUAUCAUUCAUGGUAUUAAUAGAUACGAAACAGUAACAUCAAACUAUGAUACUAAGUUCUGUCAAAUGAAUUUACUGGAAUUCCUUAAUCAAACUUCAGAAGGUUAUGAUACUCAUGGUCCCAAAAUAUUACUAUUGAUAACAGAAUCCAGACCAAUGCAUAUGCUGUUGCUGUCACGACAGAAACAGGCAAACAAUAUUGAUCUUCAUUAUAUCAGAGCAAAACUUUUGACAUUUAUAUUUCUGGUCACGUUCAUUACUUUCAGUGGAAUUCCUUUUGCACAAUCGCAAUUUCGUCGAGAUAUCGAUUGUUCCGUAAGAUGUGAUUACAAUUUUUGCAGAUGUUUUGGACCACAAGGACCACAGGGUGACCCAGGUCCUCGAGGUCCACCUGGACCUAUCGGUCCUAAAGGUUAUCCAGGUGAACAAGGACCACCGGGACUAAGAGGUAUGAAAGGUGAUCCUGGAGAAGAUGGAGUUGAUGGUCCUGUUGGAGAAAGAGGUCCAUCAGGGGAUUUCGGCUCACCAGGAAUGCAUGGUGAACAUGGUGAGAGUGGAGAAACAGGUGAAAAAGGUGCCAAAGGUAUUGCUGGUUGCCCUGGAGGAAAAGGUGAUCCAGGUGAAAAAGGUGAACCUGGAAGACAGGGUAUGGAUGGUGACCGAGGACUGCCUGGUAUCGAUGGUGAACGUGGUGAUCCUGGUGAAUCUGGAUUCGGGAGACGAGGACUACCAGGUCCGAAAGGAGAACCUGGUAAUGUUGGUCCAAAAGGUGAUGAUGGAAUUCAAGGUGAACGUGGUGACCCUGGAUUGCCUGGAUUAGAAGGAGACAGAGGUGAAGAUGGUGACUUCGGUGUACCUGGCGAAGCUGGUGAACCCGGAGAAAGUAUCAUUGACACCUAUACACCUGUAAAAGGUGCCCCAGGUGCACCUGGAGAUCCUGGAGAUCCAGGCAGAAAUUGUUCAGUUACCACGUUGGAACAAGGCCGUAAAGCUCUAAUUGGACCUGCUGGCGAUCGAGGUGAUACUGGUCCUAAAGGCUAUCCAGGUUCCAAAGGAGCGAAAGGAAUAAGAGGCAUAGAUGGAACUAUUGGUUUGCCGGGAGUGAAAGGACUUCCAGGUCCCGAUGGGCCUCUGGGUCCUAAAGGCAUUAAAGGAAGUGCAGGACAACCGGGUGUUAAAGGUGGUCAAGGACGUGAUGGUUUGAUUGGUGAUCGUGGUCCUCCAGGUCCUAAAGGUUUACCUGGAGAUCCAGGGGCAGAUGGACUACGUGGAUUUGUUGGAGAUCCUGGUGAACCUGGGGGUACCACAGAAUGCACAGGUAUUUUACCUGGAAGACCUGGACAACGUGGUAUACCUGGAGAAGCUGGAGAGAAAGGAUUUCCUGGAAUUCCUGGAUCCAUAGGAGACAGGGGACUGAAAGGCUUGGUUGGUCCACAAGGACCGGUUGGCGACCCUGGAUUUGACUGUCCCAUUGGACCACCUGGUCCACCGGGUCCAAAAGGAUCACCUGGUGAUGACGGACGAACUGGCCUACCUGGAUUACCUGGGAGUCCAGGUGAUGAUGGACUACCAGGUGAUAAAGGAGAACCGGGUAUUGGCCACAGAGGUGCAUCGGGUGAUCCUGGAGAUAGAGGCUAUGAUGGGCCUCAAGGUCCGAAAGGUCCUAAGGGUUUAAAGGGUGAACGUGGAUUGCCAGGUACUAAAGGAUCUGGUCGUCCUGGUCCACCAGGUGAAAAAGGUGAACGUGGAUUGGAUGGUUUAGCUGGCAAACAUGGAAAACAAGGUCCAAUGGGGCCUCAAGGUGAACCUGGAGAACGAUGCAGUGCGUGUAUACCUGGUAUACCUGGGGCAAAGGGUGAAAAAGGUGAUAUCGGUCCAUCUGGUCUUCCAGGUCCACGAGGUCGAGAUGGUGCCAAAGGAGAACGAGGAAGUCGCGGUGCUCCUGGGAAUCAAGGUCGUACGGGUUCACAGGGUUAUGAAGGUGACCAGGGUGAACAUGGUCUGCCUGGACCAAAAGGUUUCAAAGGUGAACCAGGUGAAACAAGAACAGAAUACACUGGAAUUCUAAAAGGCCCUAAAGGCUAUCCAGGUGUGGAUGGAGUCAAAGGCGACAAAGGGAUCAAGGGUAUUAUAGGCUCUCCAGGGGAAAAAGGAGAACGUGGAUUAGAAGGACCACAGGGUGACCCUGGUUUACGAGGUUUACCUGGACAGAAAGGUCCUAAAGGUAUACUAGGCGAAAAAGGUUACAAAGGUGCGACAGCUGAUGUUAGAUUCGGUGAUAAAGGUGAAAAAGGUCAACCUGGACGUCCUGGAUUGAAAGGUGAAUUAGGCGAUUCUGGAGAACCUGGAAAUUGUACUGUGAAUGUUAUCCAAAGUCGUAAUCUAACUGUUGAAAAAGGUGAUCGUGGACCCAAAGGUGAACCUGGACCAAGAGGAGAUAAAGGAAAACCAGGUGAUGAAGGUCCACCUGGUCAACCUGGUGAUAGUGGGAUUAGAGGUAUAAAAGGACUCCCAGGAAUACCUGGACCAGCUGGGAUAAAAGGAAUUGUAGGUGAAGCAGGUGAUCCUGGUGAACAGGGUAGCCCAGGAGAACCAGGGUCCGCUGGAGUUACUGGGGUGAAAGGAGAUUUAGGUGAUAUUGGUCCUGUAGGAGAUCGUGGUUACCCAGGUCCAAAAGGAGAAAAAGGAUUGCCUGGUCAACCUGGAACUGGAAUCCCUGGAGAACGUGGUGAACCCGGGCGGCCAGGUAUACCGGGUCCUAGAGGUUCACAAGGAGACCCUGGUGUGAUUGGGGAUUCAGGAGAUCCAGGAUUAAAUGGAAGACCUGGAUUAGCAGGAGAACGUGGAGAUAUUGGUCUGCCGGGACUUCAAGGUGAUCCUGGUGCAAGUGGUGGAGCUGGUAUUAAGGGAAUUAUGGGUGAUCCAGGAGAUAGUGGAGAACCAGGUUUGCCUGGACGUCCUGGUAUACCUGGAGAUAAAGGCAGAUGUCUCGGAGCAGCGGACAAAGGAGAACCUGGACUUCCUGGUCCAGAAGGUCCAGAAGGUCAGAAAGGCGAACCUGGACUAAGAGGUGCGAAAGGAGAGAGAGGACCAUCAGGUCCAAUUGGACGGACAGGUGAAAAAGGUUUGAGGGGUGAACCAGGCUUACCUGGACCAGAUGGUCCUUCGGGCGAUCCAGGUCCUCCUGGCCGUCCUGGAACUACUGGUCCUAAAGGCUUUGAUGGAACACCUGGGCCAAAAGGAUUCGAAGGACCACCAGGUAGUCCUGGUGAUGAAGGUCAACCGGGUCCAAAAGGUGAAUCUGGUCUUCCUGGUGCAGAAUCACUUGGUGAAAAAGGUGAUACGGGAGAACGAGGUCCCCAGGGUGAUGUUGGAGAAAAAGGUUCUACUGGAAAACCUGGUUUACGUGGACCUCCAGGUGAUGCAGGAACCAAUGGUCAAGCAGUAGUUGGAGAUGUUGGUGAUGUCGGAGAUAUCGGCGAGAAAGGUCUACCAGGGAUGCCUGGGGACCCUGGAUUACCUGGACCUAAAGGUUCCCCUGGAGUGAUAGGUUUAAUUGGGCCAAAGGGAAUAGUGGGAGAUCCAGGUGUGCCAGGUUUGCAAGGUCGUCCGGGAAAACCCGGUCAGGAAGGCCAACCUGGCUUGCCAGGUCCUAAAGGUUUUCCAGGGGGGAAGGGUCAGAGAGGUAUCAAAGGGGAACGUGGUGAACCGGGAGAAACAAUAGUUGGCCGUGAUGGGGAACCUGGUGAUAUGGGAGAACGAGGUAUUCCUGGACUUCCAGGACCUAAAGGAGACAGAGGAUUUCCAGGUGAUGCUGGACCAAAAGGCUUACGAGGUUUGCCAGGUCGAGUGGGUGACAAAGGUCAGAUGGGAGUAUUUGGAGAUAAGGGUGAACCGGGUAUCACUGGACUCGAUGGAUACCCAGGUAGAAAGGGAGAUAAAGGUGAAUCCGGUGAUAUUGGACCUAUAGGUGAUCCUGGACCAAGAGGACAACCCGGACCCAAGGGUUUCCCUGGAGCUCCUGGUCAGUGUUUACCAGCUGAGGAAAGUCCUAUUGGAGAUCCUGGUCCACAAGGUCCUAGAGGGCCACCGGGUGAAAAAGGUUUAACAGGGCUACCGGGUAAAGUGGGCAAAACUGGUGAUCCUGGUCCACCUGGAAGAGGUAUUCCUGGUUCUAAAGGUCAACGAGGUGAUCCUGGACUUCGUGGACUUACUGGUCCAAAAGGUGAACAGGGUGAGGUAGGAGAUCCAGGUGAUAUGGCGCUACCUGGUGCUAAGGGUCAAAGAGGUUACCCUGGAAUUAAAGGUGAAAAAGGUGAAGUUGGGAUGCCGGGAGAUAUUGGCCCAAGAGGUCCUAUUGGAGAUCCAGGUCCCCCAGGGGAUGUUGGAUUGCCAGGUGACGACGGAAGACCAGGGUUAUUGGGCCCUAGAGGUGAUAAAGGAGAUACUGGAUGGCCAGGAACAGUUGGAAUGAAAGGUGAAGUUGGAGAUGUUGGUGAUCCUGGACCAAUAGGUGCACCUGGAAUGCCUGGAGAAGAUGCUAUUGGUCUUCCUGGAGUCAAAGGAGACAAAGGUGAACCAGGAGCACCUGGGCAAAAAGGUAUGAUUGGGGAGCCGGCACUACGGGGAUUAAAAGGAGCUAAAGGAGAAAUGGGAUUGCCCGGUCCCACUGGUAGAGAACCUGGAGAACCAGGGCCGAAAGGAGAUCCAGGGUUAAAAGGUACUCCUGGUGAUAUUGGUCCAAGAGGUAUGCCUGGAGAUGUUGGACCCCCCGGACCUGAAGGAUUCAGCGGUCCUCCUGGUCAAGCACUACAGAGCACCUACUUGUUCACAAGGCAUUUCCAAAAUCCUGACACUGAACCUGUGUGUCCUCCAGGUUCACAAAAAAUAUCAGACGGAUAUAGUUUUGUAAUGGCUAAUGGCAAUGGUGAAUUAGUAACCAUGGAUUUAGGUUCUCAUAGUUCAUGUUUAAGUAUGUUCAGUAUAAUGCCAUUUUUCCAAUGCCUUCGCGAUGGAUCUUGUCAACUUGGUGUUCGAGCUGAUCGCUCUUACUGGUUAGCUACCACAGAACCUCUUCCAAUGAUGCCACUAGAUGUAAGCGAAGUUACUCGAAGAGUUGCUCGUUGUGUUGUCUGUGAAGCACCAACACAACCUUAUGCUUUUCAUGCACAAGCAAAUCAACUUCAAGAAGUUAACUGUCCAGAAGGCUGGGCAAGACUUUGGGAUGGAUAUAGCUUUGUAAUGCAUAGUGUUGGAAGUACUGGUGGUGGUCAACAACUUUCAUCGCCUGGCAGCUGUCUUGAAUAUUUCAGUUAUUCUCCAUUAUUAGAAUGUAAUAAUGGUAUGAGUUUGUGCAAUUAUUGGUCAGAUGCAAAAGCUUAUUAUCUACGUCAUGUUAGUAAUAAUACAGAAUUUCAAAAACCAGUUGGUCAAUAUAUUACAGAUCAUUUACCAGAUGAAACUAAAGUGCUACGUGAAAUAAGUCGAUGUCGUGUUUGUACUAAAUCUCGGUUCCAAUCAUAUUUUGUUUAGUUCAAAGGAAGAUAUAAAGAGUAAGAAGAAUCAAAUGAAAAUAUUAAACAUUUAUGCAAUUUUUUAUGAAAUGAAAAUGAUUAUUUGAAUUUAUUGUGCAUUCAUUCAGGAUGAUAUAUAAAAAUAUAUAUGUAUGUUGCUUGAUAAAUACUUGCCUCUAUUGUUUUUAUCAACUUAUUCUAGAUGCUUAUUUCGAUUUAACUCUUUUUCUUGAAACAAAAAAAAUAUUUUUUCCGUUCAUUAAUAUUACUUUCUUGCUUACUUUGAUGUCGUUUCUGAACUCUUUCCCUCCAUGCAAGUGAUAUAUCCAUGUAUUUUAUUGCAAGUAUAUUUGUGUUUUAUUAUGAAUCUGAUUAUUACUAUUAUUAUUAUUAUUAUCAAUAGUAUUAUAAUUGAAUAAAAUAGAGAAUCUUAAAGCUUCAUAAAAAAUCUUGGUUUCCAUAAUAUCUCUUAUAUUGAUUAUCUCAUUUACUAAAUGAAUCAGAUACAAGUUUCUGCUGAUGAAUGUUUAUUGUAACUGUUCUUUUUAAUUUAAUCUUUAUAAACUAGUUGGGUGUUAUAUUUUGUUUUAAGUGAUUAUAUUCAAAAUGUACGAAUUUAAUAUUUUAGGGAUUUUUCUUUUAAGAUUAUCCAAUGAGUGGACUUUUCAAAAGUAUUUGUUUCCCAUUCUUUUCAAUCUUUAUCAAUUGUAAUCACAAAAUAUUAUCUAAUGUUAAAUUUUAAAUAAUGAAAUUCAUAUCAAUCAAAAAUAACUUUUGGAUUAACUAAAAGAAUAAAAUUUUAAUCGAGUGAUAGAAGUUAAAGUUCACUAUUUAUACACGAUACACUUUUAUUCAUUGAACAAGUUGUAAAACAAUUUAUUCUCAGAUUAUCCCUAACUUGUUUAUUUGUCGAUAUGAAAAGUCCUUAAAUCAUAUUGAUUUA